GCGAACUGCGCAGGUGCGCGCCAGAGGCGCGGCCUUCUCACCCCCACGCAGGUCUCUCUGCGUGAGGGUGGGAAGGCGAUCGCGGGCUUGACUGCAGGUAGAACCCGGGGCCGCGCUAGCUGGCGGAGGUCUCAGAGACCUCGCGAGAGGGGCGCGGGCGAGGCCCCGCGGGACGGCCGUUGCGAGCGCGGUGGCGGCGGGCCUGGCCUGUGUUGGACUGAGCCCGCGAGUGUGGGCCCGGGGAGGGGGGGGCCGAGGCCGCGCGCUGCGAAGGCGAGCCAGCCGCAACCCCCAUGGUGUGAGUCCUAAAGGCGAGCCCUCUGGACCUGGCCGCUCCCUAGGCCACGCCCCAGCCUGGGAAGAUGGAGGGGGACCGGCGGAGCAGUCCGCCCAGCCAGAGCCUGCUUCCCGAUGGCCACUUGGUCCUAUGGACGCUGUUCUCCGUGCUGCUGCCGGUGUUCAUCACCUUCUGGUGUAGCCUUCAGCGGUCGCGCCGGCAACUGCAUCGCAGGGACAUCUUCCGCAAGAGCAAGCACUGCUGGCGUGACACCGACCUGUUCAGCCACCCCACCUACUGCUGCGUGUGCGGGCAGCACAUCCUUCAGGGAGCCUUCUGCGACUGCUGCGGGCUCCGCGUGGACGAGGGCUGCCUCAAGAAGGCGGACAAGCGCUUCCCGUGCAAGGAGAUCAUGCUCAAGAACGACGGCCGGGCCACAGAUGCCAUGCCUCACCACUGGAUCCGCGGCAACGUGCCCCUGUGCUCUUACUGUGUCGUCUGCAAGCAGCAGUGCGGCAGCCAGCCUAAGCUCUGCGAUUACAGGUGCAUUUGGUGCCAGAAAACAGUCCAUGACGAGUGCAUGAAGAGCAGCGUAAAGAAUGAAAAGUGUGACUUUGGAGAAUUCAAAAAUCUCAUCAUCCCACCAGGUUAUUUGGCAUCCAUUAACCAGAUGCGUAAAGACAAAAGGACUGAUUAUGAAGCGCUGGCUUCUAAGUUUGGAAAGCAGUGGACCCCAUUAAUAAUCCUGGCCAACUCUCGCAGUGGAACUAACAUGGGAGAAGGACUGUUGGGAGAGUUUAGGAUCCUGUUAAAUCCAGUCCAGGUGUUCGAUGUAACUAAAACGCCCCCGAUCAAGGCCCUGCAGCUGUGCACUCUUCUUCCUUAUCACUCAGUUCGCGUCCUUGUUUGUGGAGGGGACGGAACUGUGGGCUGGGUCCUCGAUGCAGUUGAUGAAAUGAAGAUUAAGGGACAAGAAAAGUACAUUCCACAGGUUGCGGUCUUACCUCUGGGAACAGGCAACGAUCUGUCCCAUACCCUGGGUUGGGGUACAGGCUAUGCUGGAGAAAUCCCGGUCGCACAGGUCUUAAGAAAUGUAAUGGAAGCAGAUGGAAUCAAGCUAGACCGAUGGAAAGUGCAAGUAACAAAUAAAGGAUACUACAAUUUAAGAAAACCCAAGGAGUUCACAAUGAACAACUACUUCUCUGUUGGACCUGAUGCCCUCAUGGCUCUCAAUUUUCACGCUCAUCGUGAGAAGGCACCGUCUCUGUUUUCCAGCAGAAUUCUUAACAAGGCUGUCUAUUUAUUCUAUGGAACUAAAGAUUGUUUAGUGCAAGAGUGUAAAGAUUUGAAUAAAAAAAUUGAGCUAGAACUGGAUGGUGAGCGAGUAGAACUGCCUAAUUUGGAAGGUAUUAUCGUUCUGAACAUUGGCUACUGGGGCGGCGGCUGCAGACUGUGGGAAGGAAUGGGAGACGAGACUUACCCUCUAGCCAGGCAUGAUGAUGGUUUACUGGAAGUCGUUGGAGUGUAUGGGUCUUUCCACUGUGCUCAAAUCCAAGUGAAACUGGCAAAUCCUUUUCGAAUAGGACAAGCACACACAGUGCGGCUGAUUUUGAAGUGCUCGAUGAUGCCAAUGCAGGUGGAUGGGGAGCCUUGGGCCCAGGGACCCUGUACUGUCACCAUAACACACAAGACACAUGCUUUGAUGCUCUGCUUCUCUGGGGAGCAGUCGGAUGACGACAUCUCAAGUGCCUCGGAUCAAGAGGACGUAAAGAAAGCUGAGUAGGAUGAGCUGAAGCAGCAGCUGUCCAAACCAUAGACACGUGGUCGCCCACAGGAAGUGCUGUUAGCUCUUGUCUUCAUUUCAUUCCUAGUGUAAUGGGUGUGAGCUUAUGUAAACAGCAUUUCCACAGCUAGACUUCAGUGUCAUAAACACCUUCUCUUAGCAAGACUCUCAUCAUUUAUUACUAACUUUGGAAAAACACUCAAAGUUGCACGGAGAUAAACUGUUUUUCCCGACUGGGUGUUUUGAGACUGGCGCCCACUGCAGCAUGCACUGUCUUGAGUGACAGCUGAUAGACAGAGUGAGGAUGAGAAGAUCAUUUCCCUCUUAGUUUUUGAUACGGUGACAACGUAACACGUUAAAAAUUAACUUGCUUUUUGAACUGCCGUGGUUAACGCUGGGCUUUCUCCUGCAGUGUGGUUCCUAAGAUUUCCCCAGCCAGAUGGACCUACAUCCUGAUUUCUGGGAGCCCCUGAGGAGAAAAGAGAAAGAGCAAAGACACUUUAAGCUUUCACAGCGUGUAUUUUCUAUCAUGGCUUUUAGGCCUCUGGGUGUUUAUUUAAUGACCAUAUUGAGCUGAAAUGCAAAAUUCUUUUUUUUUUAAGUUGUUUUUGUUUGGGCAGUACUAGGGUUUGAACCUAGGUCCUCUGGAAGGAAGUGUAGACAGAUGCUCUACUACUGAACUGCACUCCCAGUCCCGUGUGUGUGUGUGUGUGUGUGUGUGUGUGUGUGUGUGUGUGUGUGUUGGGUGGAUGGGUCUAAAGUAAGAUUAAGAGCACUUUGGGUUGGGAGCUCUAUAAUUCACCAGCUUCUCUGUUGAUUAAAAGAUAGUGUUGACAGUGGGGAAAAAUACACAUAAGGGAAGCUUCUGAGUUAGAUUAAUUAUUCACAAAACAAUUCUAGGCUGACUGCCUUCGCAUCAAGUGAGCAGUCUUGUGUUGUGAAACACUGCAGGACUUCCACAGCAUCAGCCUUGGAGAAGGAAGCUCUGCUGAGAUGUUUAUAUCAUAUUUAUUUCAAAAUUAGAAAGAUAUAUAUUUUUAACUUAAUUUAUUAUUAUCCUUGUAGUAUGAUCCUUGUGGUUAGCAUUUACACUGUAUCGUACAGCUUCAGCUAGUGAAGUGGUCACGUAAGUCUGCUGGUCACAGUCACAGAGAGCUCUCUUUUGGUUUCCAUGGCAUCAUACUCACUAUGCUCAUUUCUCAGACUUGAAAAGGGAGGGCACAUGAUGAAGACCUUGGGGUAACAAGCUUGGUUUCAUCGCACCUCCACCCUCUGUUGCCAAGGACUUACUGAAAGGCAGUUCCACAGCUCUCCAUUAGAGGGUGCUCUUCUGUUGUCAGUGGCCUACCUCUGUGGUUGGUCACACCCAUUGGGCAUCUAACCCUGUGUAUUUCUGACAAAUGGCAUGUUUGCACUUGGUGGUCUUGCAUGAAUUAAUUUCUGAAAGACUAGAAUCUAUUCCCAGAACCACCAUUUAUCUCCCGUGUAAAUGGUUUGUUAUGAAUCUAUAGUCAGUGAAUUGCCAUAAACUUCAGUCUAGGCCAUGUGUUUGGAAGGCCAAUUUAGUAAUGUCUGUUAAUGCAUACAUCAUCUAAAGUGAAUUUUCACUGCGAAAUUAACCUCUUCCAGCUGAUGCCAAAUUCUCCCAUUGAAAGAUGCUCCACAGUCUAUCCCAGCUCCCUCAUGCACCUUCCCUGGAUAACGAUAGCCGAGGGCAUGCAAGAGUUUGCAGCAGUCCCUUGUGAACGGAUCCUGUUUGGAGUGCGAUGAACUUCAUCCUUAGAUUCAUGGUCAGGAUUGCUAAGAUGUCACCCUCUGAGGCACACUCUUACUUUUAGCUGUAAUUCAUACCGCUCAUCUGUAGUGGAAACAAAUCAUUAAUUUGGAGCUACCAAUCAGAAUCCUUCAGGUAACUCCAGAGAUGCCCUAGUUAGAGCAGGCGUGUGUCCCCUUCCCACAACACACUAUACUGAUUUCUGAGGCCUUGCUCACCCGAUCUCAUCUGCACCUUUCACAACACCGCACCACUAAAUGGACAGUAUUGUUCUGCAGCUCACACUUUCAGCCGCUUGUUCACCCCAGCAUUCCAGAUAAAUGUAUAGGCAUGUGCCUUGUUUGAAUACAAUUUGUAAGACUUGGUGUUUGCAAAUUAUAUAUUAGGUAGUGGUAGCUUACAUUCCUGGGGUCUCUACUUCACACACUGGGUCACCACGAGAUCCUCUGUUCCAUUUAAAGUUGUCUCGAUAGCAACAUAACUUACAUGUUCUCAGGAAAAAUUAGAAACCAUCUAUCUUCACAUCUCUUGUCUUUUUCUCCCCUGACACAUUCCUAAUGCCCAUACACUUAAUGGCUUAAACACCAAAUACCUGGCAGCUCCUCUCGGUCCUUAGAUAGAUAGUUUCUAAUGCUUUAUUAUAUUAUAUUGUAUUAUAUAUAUAUAUAUUAAGUCAGAGGCACUUCUGUCUCGAACAGAAGUUGCCCAACAGUGAGGUCACUAAAUAUAAAUGUUCUGAAUUUUCUGUAACUCUUCGCUGUGAACGUGUAAUGUAGCUGAUAUUUAUAAACAUUUUAUAGUGAAACUAUUUAUUUUAUUUUUUUAGAGUAUGAAAUCUGUAGUAGUUGCCUUUUGAACAUUUGUGUACCUGGUUGUAACAUAGACUGACUCAGAAAAGUUCUUAUCUGUGCUGUAAACUGGGUGCUUCUACCAGCAUGUCAAAAAGAGGCAUUUUCAUCUGUAAUAUAAAGUCAAAUAUUUCUAAUGUACACUGUGGGUUUUUUAAUUUGCCCUAGUUAGAAAACUUGAAAGAUUAUAUUAAUUUACACAUCGAUGUGAACCUAAAUACAUAAUCUGACCAGAAAAGUCUAUAGAAGAUGAUUUUGUGACACUUUUGUUCAAAAUGGUAAUUCUGAAGCAAGAAGCUUUAUAUUCAGAAAUGCUCUGGUAGGUUCUCUGUGUGUGUGUGGGGGGGGGGGUAAUUUGAUUUUUGUGACUUUUUUAUAAACUUCUGUACAGUGUAGGACAGGAAAUAUUAAAUAGACUUGUUAUUAUUUAGAAAAUGUUUUCUUGUUUGGGUUUCUUGUUUUGCUUUGUUUUUUGUUUGUUUUUUUAGUCUAGAAACUUUAAAAAGAAAAUUGUUUUGUUGCUUCCUCCCAGUCCUCAGGAAGGCCCGUGCUCAGCUACAGCACAGGCUCUUGCUUCAGCUCACCUUUGCAAAGCAUGCUCUGUGUUUCUAGAAGCCUCAGACCUAGCCGUUGCAUCUCACAUGUUCUCUCAGAGCCAGGAAGGCCAGAAGUGUGGUUGAGGGGUGACAGAGUCAUGGUCUCACGGGACAGAGGAGCCUUUUUAUUUACAGCACCCUUGUUUGUACUAGGUUGGCAAUGUAUACUGCUUUAAUCUCAAUGCAGAGUCCUGGCCAGCCUGGCUAUAUAGGAGGAUCCUGUCAGCGGAAAAAAAAAAAAAAAAUGCAUUCUAACCCUGUCAGUGACCUAGCUAUUAACAUAAACAUUGGUAGUUCCUGGUGUGAAUGUAGUCUUUAGACUGUUGUGUGGGGUCUCGGAGGAGGAAGAGCUGGUGGAGCAGAGUGAGCAGGCCAGAUGGCCCCUGCCUUCCUCCUUAGCACAACAACAUAUGAGACUACUAACCUCUGCUGAGUGAGUCAUGGGACUUCAGUGUGUAAAGUAUUUAUGCUGUUUGCAAAACAAUUCUGUCUCUCUCUCUCUCUCUCUCUCUCUCUCUCUCUCUCUCUCAGUUUUACGAGACAAAGUUUCUCUGUGUAGCCUUGGCUGUCCUGGAUCUCACUGUGUAAACCAGGCUGGCCUCAAACUCAGAUCCACCUGACUCUGCCUCCCAAGUACUGGGAUUAAAGGCACACACCACCACCGCUCUCAGUUGGGCGUGGUAGCAAUGUCUGUCAUCUCAAAGAGAGAGACAGAAAGAUCUCUGAGUUCAAGGCCAGCCUGCCAGCCAAGGCCACAGAAACCCUGCCUCAAAAAACAAGGUUUUUGUUUUUUUUAAAAAAAAUUGUUUUUAUGUAUAUGUAUGUUUUGUUUGCAUGUAUGUCUAUGCCAUGACGAUGCCCAGGGAGGUCAGAAGACGGUGUGGGGUGAGCUACAGUGUGAGUACUGGGAGUUGAACUCAAGUCCUUUUAAGAACAGCCAGUGCUCUUUCCUGCGGAGCCAACUCUGUAGCUCAAUUUUUUUUUCCCCCCUUUUUCGAGACAGGGUUUCUCUGUGGCUUUGGAGCCUGUCCUGGAACUAGCUCUGUAGACCAGGCUGGUCUCGAACUCACAGAGAUCCGGCUGCCUCUGCCUGCCAAGUGCUGGGAUUAAAGGCAUGCGCCACCACCGCCCGGCCUUUCAAAUUUUUUUCUAAGGAUUUGGAAAAUGCUUUCUUUGAACACUUUGUCAUAUGGUUGGUUUUCUAAUGUUUUUUUAUGCACUCAAACCCUCAUUUUUUCUGAAAAUACUGUUUUGGGGGACUCCAUUGCCACUUGGAACAUAGUCACUAGGCUAUGUCACAGCUUUCAGUGGCAUUUUGUUGUUUAGUAAAGUUCCAGAAUUGGCCUCUGUUGUGUUGUAAUCAUGGGGUGCAAACUGUCUGUGUAUUCAGGUACUUUACAUAAAGACACACAUGUGUGUUUUCUCUGAUGCCCCUGGCUAUUUAGUGAAUAUGAGGCUUACUGGCCUCAAAAGGGUAUAUCCCAAGAUUAUUAAAAAGUUAAGCUUUAAUACCAACAUUGACAAGGUUAUCGCUCUGCAAUAGGAUCUAUAGAAUUUACCCAGAAAGUGUGUAGUCAUGAUACUGAUACUAGACCAAGGGCCUUUCCUCAGUCUCUGUAAGGAUAACCUGGAUAUUAAGGCUACUCACAUUAAAGAAGAUCCAACACACAGAAUGCACUGAAUAAGAAAGGAGCCCAGCUCUCUGGUGACUGACACAGACUGUUCAAACGGGAAGAGUCAGGACAUUAGAUUGUUUUCCUCGUUUUUUUCUGGCAUUGUCCAAGCAAGAUAGCACCCUGAUUGGAUGGACAGAUUUGACAGGCUGGGAAAAAUGCAGGGCUAGGCAGGGCACCACCUUCUCUUGGAUGGUUACUGCCCCAAACAUCUUUUCUAAAUUCAGAGUCCUGCUAGUAGUCCUUACAACGUGAUCCGCUUGAAUGAUCCCUUGGCCCUCUGCUCUGUGAAUGUUCUGUGCCAGUUUAGAGCGCCUACCUGGGUCUUCGGUGCUCCCCCAAGAGAACUCAUCCUUUGAACCCUCAGCACUGAAGAUGCAGCGACACCACAGGAGCAACCGGCCAGCUUCUUGCACCUUGUCCCCACUCUGACCACAGAUCUAACACCCACCUGUUUCUGUUAACUGCUCCCGUGGAGUUGGGUCCUGUGUUCGGUACCUACAAACAAAUAUAAAGGAAAGCAUAUGAUAUGUUGAAACUAUGUUUGCUUGUUUUAAAAUAAAAUUUAAAGUUUAGC